AUGGCUUAUGUUCCGCAUCCUGAAGAAGACCGCAGAACAUCCCUGACACAGAUUACGGAGAACAGUUCUCAUCCACCCCAGCAAAAUCCCCCAGCGCCUAGAGGUCGCAAGUCCCGAUUCGCUACGCUCUCCAGUGAGGUGGAGGCAUCCCCGUCACUUAUAUACCGGGAGCUUGAGUCGGCUACCUUACUCAAACGACAAAUAGAACGAUUGCAGGAGGAGAAUUCGCGGUACCAGCAAAUAACCAAGAUCCGUGAUCAGGAUCUGAUCGAUCUGCGCAGAGAGAUUGGCAACCCGCGCGUCUGGGAUGGAGAGCUGCAAAGCCUGAAAGCCAAGGCUGGUCAAGAUAAUACGGCAUUGAAGGAGUUGAACGAAUCCCGAGCAGAGAAUCUAAAAGCCGCGAAGGAGGAGACGGCGAAGGCUAAUGCAGCUUUGGACGAAUGGAAGGGGAAGCUUGCAAGGCUCAUGCAAGAAUGA